GAAGCUGCUGAGUUCCAGGAUUUCUUCCUUGCGCACAAGUCGAGAAAUCCAGCAGUUCUCAGCGACCUGAUCCAGGCAAAAUGAGGUACUCCGUGCUAGUCGCUUGCCUUCUUGGCAGCUACCUUUCUACUUGCUCUGGACAGGAUCGGAACAACGUCAUUGAGACCGAGAAUGUCGCUCCGGUCACCGACGACCUCCCUCCGUAUAUUCGGGAGAUGUUCGGCAACAUCAAGGGCUUGGAAGUCGGCAACGUGAACCCAUUCAAUGUUGGCGGUGGCAUGCCAGGUGUCCCAGGAAAGAACGGAUUGCCAGGAAGGAAUGGCCGCAACGGCAAGCAUGGUCCCCAAGGGCCAAAAGGUGUAAUGGGUGAAAUGGGAGCAAAAGGAGAUCCUGGUCUUCCUGGAAUGAAGGGUGACAGCGGACCCAUGGGACCAGCGGGUCCAGAAGGCAUGAAGGGUGAUCAAGGUGAUUUCGGGAUGCCCGGUCGGCCCGGCAUGCCUGGAGCUCAAGGCCCGUACGGCCCGAAGGGAGAGCCCGGUGAUACUGCUGCUCAUCCACAAGCACUCUGGAAGCAAUGUGCUUGGACGGAAGAAAGCAAUAUUAACACUGGAGUCAUAAAGUCAUGCCAGUUUUCAAAGACCAGUCGUGACACACACCUGAGGGUGGCCUUUGGUGGCAACCUGCGCGUUGGUGGCUGCAGCAACUGUUGUCGUCGCUGGUUCUUGACUUUCAACGGCUCUGAGUGCUCAUCUCCCACGCCUAUUGAUGCUGCCAUGUACGUUAUUGGACCUGACAAUUCCAAUCCGCUGAGACCACGUCACAUUGAAGGGUAUUGUGGCGGUAUUGGCGCCGGCCCGGUUCGCGUUUCCCUGAAUGUGGGCAAUUGUCCCGGAUUCGGAGAGGCCGAUGCCUUCUCAGGCUUUGCAUCUGCAUCGAGAAUCAUGAUCGAAGAAGUUGCACCUCCUCAGCCAUAAGCUCAGGGCUCAUGUGAGAUUUAUGUCCGGAAUAUGCAUGACUUUGACCUUGCACUUGUCACAUGACUGACUUGCUCUAUGGUAGUCUGAAGAUACGGUUUUUGAGACUACAACAGUAGUGAUCAGUUUGCAUUACAGUUCCCCUCCAAUGCCUGUUGCCCUUUCACAAUGCGAGCUAAGUGCAUGGCUAUCAUCUGCUGCAUUGCAGCCGCCGCCGCUGUUUCUGCAGUCAUGUAUAGAUCACACCUGCAACACUGGGUACAUGUACAUGUAUACCGACAUCAUGAUGUAGGUAUGCCGCUUAUACAGCGCUCCUCCAUUGGCUGUGCCAGACUGCCAGAUAUCCUGGCUGCUGAGCCAGUCUGUGGAGCAUUGCCAGAGUCAUAGCCAUAGCCAUGUCAUCAUUAUACAUGAUUGUAGUGCAAUGACGUUGACUUUAAAAAGAAUAGUACCGCGCCGUGUGACGCAUGUGUCCA